AUGUCAUCGACUCAACCAGCACCAGGAGCUAAAACGAGACGCAUCACGCGAGCAUGCGACUACUGUCAUCGGCGCGCGAUUCGGUGCCUGCGCGAUGGCAAUGCCUCACAAUGUCUCAAGUGCUUACAAUUCAGCCAACCAUGCACUUACGCCCGGCCCGCCAAAAGGCGCGGUGUGAAGCCUGGCUCCCAGGCCAUUUCACCUUCCGCACCAGCGAACGUGUUAGGGAAUUCGCGAGCCAAGACCGAUUCACAGUCACGUCUGCAAUGGACAGCGCCUCUCAUUGCUAGUCAGGCGGUUGUGCUGAGCCUGGCCGAGGUCUAUUUCGAGGUGGUCUAUCCAAUAUUCCCAUUCUUCCAUCAGCCAACGUACCUUCGCAGGAUCGCCCGUGCUGAGUAUACCUCGGAUCGACACUUGUUCUCAACCACAAUGGCUCUCUGCGCGCUAGUCUCAGCUCGAGUCCAAGACCAGGCGCUGUUCAACACCUCGUACGACAUGGAGGAGCUCACCAAAGUUCCCUGUGAAACAUUCUACGAAGCAGCUGUACAAGCUAGCGUCGAUGUCACUACCGAGACUAGCAUCCAAAGCCUUGACCUAUUACGAACGUGUGCAUUGCUUUCUCUCACCGCUGUGCAGUGCGGCAAGAUUCGUGACAUGCAAAGGUUUCUGGGAAGGUACCACACGCUCGUUGCAAUGGACCGCCUGCAAGACGAGUCCAAUUGGCCUACUGGGAUAGGAAUAGUCGAGACUGAAGAGAGAAGACGGCUGUUCUGGUCCAUGUACACCUUUGAGAUCUAUGUAUCGAUCGUAUGGAACAGCGUGACCCGAGUUAGAGAACAACAGGUCAAUGUUGCGUACACCACGGAGAUCGAUGACGAGCUUUUCAGCGAUCGAGGCUACAGUAGCACAUUGCGGCCACUUGUCGACCUGCGACAGAGUCCAACUAGCAGACCAGGCCAAGUUGCCAGCACAAGUUGGCUAUGCGGAUGGAACUUUACUACGGACCUGUACCGCGUUUUGGAGCAUGUCAUCGCCAGCUUUGGCAAUCGCAAAAGGCAUCAGGGAUCGUUUCCCAUGGAGUUGUUCGUCAACAGAUCUGCGACUUCGAUAUCGUCGGUCCGAGAUGUUGUCAUGCAGCAGUAUACCAAUCUUCCAUAUUGCUUCAAAGUGGUUUCGCAACUCACUUGUGACCCGGCAAGCGAUCGCUUCGGUUUCCAGGCCGCCAACAUUACAGCUACUGUUCAGCUCCUGCGUAUGAUGUUGUUUGCUUCAGGAGGCGGCAGUAUCGAGGAUCGUUGCAAGAUUGCGAGCGAAGUUAUUGACGCAUUCACGCAAAUUCCAGUUGCAUACCUUCGGGCCAUAAGCUCGCCCUUGCUUCAUCACCUUGCUGGCAUCGGUUCCAUCCUCGGAAGUGUGUUUGAGGAACCCAUGAGUGAGCAUGCCUACGAGCAAGUCAGGGUCGUAUUGCUUGCCUUGGCGCAGCUGCUGGAGAACCUCGAACAUGGCAUACAUGCAACGAAAAGCGCACAACGUCUCCGAGAUCUAGUGGCGCAAAUUGACGACUACAUGAACAGCCAGAGGGAUCAAUCAAGCAACCUCCCCACCAAGUUGGCCAACGAAAUCAUGGAUGAGUGGCCGUGGAAUUUGGAUUUUAUGCAACUUGCAGAAAGCUGGAGCUCUACGGAAGGCCAACUGGAUCUGUGA